AUGUUGCCUCCUCUGAGGCGAACAUGUCCAUUUCCACUCAGCGGAACCUCCGCCACAUGGACUCACCCACUUGUGGAUGGAGCCUCCAGUCCCCGGGCCUCAGCCCCUGCCUCAACAGGAUGUCUGCCCUGGAAUCCAGUUGCCCGGAAUGUACAUAGCACUCACUGACAAAACUUCCCCUCCACCAGAGAAGAAUUAAUUGAGCCUGCCUGAACAGGCUCAAUUAAACCACUCAGUCUUUUUGGCCCCUGUUCUGGCUGAAGAAAAGCAGCUCUGAGCAUGGUACUGCCACCACCAUGCAUCAAUUGCAGUUGGAGGAAAGGAGACAAUCACCAGGUGAGUUGGAAGAGAGGCAGUCGCCAGGUGAGUUGGAGGAGAAGAGACAAUCACCAGGUGAGUUUGAAGAGAGGCAGUCGCCAGGUGAGUUGGAGGAGAGGAGACAAUCACCAGGUGAGUUGGAAGAGAGGCAGUCGCCAGGUGAGUUGGAGGAGAGGAGACAAUCACCAGGUGAGUUUGGAGAGAGGCAGUCGCCAGGUGAGUUGGAGGAGAGGAGACAAUCACCAGGUGAGUUUGAAGAGAGGCAGUCGCCAGGUGAGUUGGAGGAGAAGAGACAAUCACCAGGUGAGUUUGAAGAGAGGCAGUCGCCAGGUGAGUUGGAGGAGAGGAGGCAGUUGCCAGGUGAGUUUGAGGAGAGGAGGCAAUCUCCUGGUGAAUUCGAGGAGAGGAGGCAGUUGCCAGGUUAGUUGGUGGAGAGUGUGGCUGGAAAGCUCCAGUCUGUCAAUCUGGUGACUGAAGGUCUGGUGACUGACUGUUAUUACACCAGUUCUGACCUAAAAGAAAGUUUUCAAUUUGUCUGGCACCUAUGCUAGUAUUCAAUUCUACUCUGGUCUCCAGUGGUUAAACUGUUAUAUGCUUACCUCACCUGGAGUCAGUCCAUAAUACAGGUCUUCUGCCUGAGUCAUAUAGUCAGCCAACACUUCUUUCUGCACCUCAGAGAAAACUUUGCUGCAGGUCCGAUAGCCUACACUGGGAAGAUCAAUGGACCCCUGGUCUCUCAGCUUCUGCAGUGAUUUGUAGUAUCUGCUCAGAUCCCAUGUGCCUUUGCAACUGAUCCAACUUAAAUGCCCUUCUUUGU